AUGGAAGAAAGUCGAGGAGAUAUGUUAUCCCAAAUAGGUGAAUUAGAAAACCUGAAUGAAACUCAUGAAUUUAAAGAAGCCUUAGAACUAUACGUCAAACCGCAAGGAACAUGGAGUGUGCCAAUUAUCAAGACAUUAGAUAAUAAAGAAAUAUAUGUAAUGGAUAAUGAAAAAAGAGAUGGUGAUGUGGAAAAAAUAGUUAUUAAUUUUUUGAGUUCAAAGGAUAAACUCACUUCAAAUGAUAAGCAGAUUCUGGAGGCAGCAGCCAAUGAUUUUUUGAUUUCACAAAAAAAAGAAUUGCUAAUUAAUAAAGUAAAUAGUUUUUUUAAUCCGGAGAAUAAAUUAACUUUAGAGGAUAUAGAUGCCUUGGAUGUAGCAAUUAAUCAAUUUUUAGCUUUAAAGGAUAAGAAAGCUUUGAGGCUUCUGGAGAUGGCAAUAAAUGGAUUCUUAGAAUCAUCAAAAAAUGAAAGUGUAUUAAAAAAUGCAAUUUGUAAUUUUUUAGAAAGCCCACUUGUUUUGGAGAAUAAAUUAUCCUUGGAGAAUGUACUAUUCACAGAGAGUAAACUAGCUUUAGGAAAUCAAAUAACUAUAGAGGAUGUGAAAGCUUUGAAAAAAGCCUCAAUAAAUAAGGAAGACUUUGAAAAAACUGGCAAAGAACUUUUGAACUUAAAGGCUAAAGAUGUUUUGGAAACAGCAGUAAAUAGCCUCCUAACUCUGAAGCGGAAAAAGGUGUUAUUGAUUUUAGGAAGCGGAGGCACGGGUAAAUCGACGUUUAACCGACAUCUUGCUCGUCUUCUAUGGGAUAAUGUCAAAAAUGACAUGACGCAGCCCAUUCCUUUAUUUAUCGCAUUAGCACCACUAGAAAAGUUUAUAAAUCAAAAUAAAGAUUUUAUUGAAGUCUAUUUACAGCAAAAGGGCAAUCUAUCCACAGAACAAAUUAAUGAAUUACGGAAAAGGAAGUUUGUAUUUAUUUUAGAUGGUUAUGAUGAGAUUGCUGAACGUGAACGUCAAUGCUACGAUAGCAAUAUGUUCUCAAAGUGGGAAAAUGCGAAAAUUAUCAUUAGUUGUCGGCCAGAGUACUUAAAUCAAGGCUAUGAAGAAAUGUUUUGGCCUAAAGAAAACAGAACGAGAGGGUUUCAAAAACUGACACUUACACCAUUUUUGUGGGCUGAAAUAGAACAAUAUAUCAAAAAUUAUGUUAGUUAUUCCAAGAAGAAUGGUAGUCCAUUACCAUGGGACGCAGACAAAUAUAUACAAAGCAUGAAGAGUAUACAGGAAAUAGAAGAUCUUGUGUGUAAUCCCAUUCUUUUAAAAAUUACUUUGACUGUUUUACCAGGCCUUCUCAAAGACAGAGAAACAACAUCACAGAUAAAUCGUAUAGUUUUGUAUGAUGAAUUUAUUAAGAAAUGGUUUGAACGUGCUCAAGAACGCUUGCAAAAUAUUCAAUUAAAACCUAAAGAACGAGAAGAGUUUGAACGUUUAAAUAAGGAAGGUUUUAUUAAUUAUUGUCUAAAAUUUGGUAAAGAAUUUGCUUUCAAGAUGUUUGUGGACAAUAACAUAGUAGUUGUAAACUAUGAUCCAGUAAAUGAGAACACAUCUGACUGGGCGACAUUUUUAGGAAAUACAGAUGAAAAAUAUAAUUUGAUUCGUUUCAGCAUGCCAUUAAUUCGACGUGGAAAUCAGUAUUGGUUUUUCCAUAAAUCAUUACGAGAUUACUUAAUAGCUAGUAUAUUGUUAGAUUCAUUUAAAGAUGCGUCGCAAGCAUCUCUCUUCAAUAAGCAAUUGAUUACACCAGAACCUGCAAUUCAACAAUUUUUGGUCGAGCGAGUCCAACAAAUGCAAGAGCAAAUGCCAGAGCUCAUACAACCACUGUUAAAUUAUAUUGAAUGUUCUAAAAUGAAUACAGACAUUCAAACUGCUUCUGCUAAUGCCAUUACAGUUCUAUCACAUGCCAGAAUACUACUUCCGAAAAAUUUAAACAAUAUCCGUAUUCCAGGGGCGAAUUUAAGCAAUGGAGUUUUUAACAAUUCACAACUUGUAAGGGCUGACUUAAAUAAUGUGAAUUUUCAAAAUGCAAACCUUCAAAAUGCGAAUAUCAAAGGCGCAUCUCUUAAUAAUACGAAUUUUCAAAAUGCAAACCUUCAAAAUGCGAAUAUCGAAGGCGCAUCUCUUAAUAAUGAUGCAGAUCUUACCGGCGCAAACCUUCGGCAUUCAAAUCUUAAAGGUGCAAAUUUUUAUAAUUCUUAUCUCGAGGAUGUAAACUUUGAAGGUGCAAGCCUCAGAAUUCAAGAUUUCCAAGGGAUUAUCCCCCCAAAUACAAAUUUAGGAAGUUAUGUCUAA